AUGCAACUCGACAGCGGCAGUGACAGCAGGCGGCCCUCGAGCCAGCGGCUGCCCGUCAACCCUCGCCGUCACAAAGUGGCCCCCGAGCACCGCAAACGAGUUGCCACUGCAUGCAACAGCUGCAAUGUUCGAAGGGUCAAGUGUUCUGGCGGAACCCCCUGUUCGCAGUGCUCCGCCUCCAACCGCGAGUGCAUUUACCCCGUUCCCCUCGAAAAAGUCAACGUCCCGCGCGCCGAGCUGGAAGAGCUGCGGAAAAAGGUCGAGCUCUAUGAGCGGGCGCUUCAAGAGGCCAUUCCCGACCCCUCCAGGCGACAGGAGCUUAUCAACCUCGCCUCUGCCACGCCAGAGGGGCUAUCGCCAUCUCCCAGCGCCUUUAGCCCCAGCCAGUCCCUUCUCUCUGAGGGCAGCAGCCAUCUCCAGGGUGUCCCCUCCGUCAAGCCUGAGCCGGAAGAUGAACAGACACCCGGCCACCUUGUCCAGGAUCUCAGUGACACAGUGGGCUACCUUGGAGAGACCAGCGGCGCUACAUUUCUCGAUCACUUAAAGGAGCUCCUUGGGGCUGUGCUGCCUCUCACACAGGUGGAACCGCAGCUGUCUCAGGGGCAGGAUGGAAGUGCCCUCUUGUCCAGUCUGGGGAGAUACUACACCGCAGACUCUCGCCCGCUGGUCGAUCGAGACUCAAAGCCAAUAUCGUUGCCCUCCAGCGAGGAUCUUGCCGCUCUAUUGUCCAAGCUCAGAUAUCUGAUCCAGGACGGAAAUGGCGAAUGGCCCAGCGGCGGCAUCUACUGGUUUGGAGAGCUCGACAUUCUUCCCACUCAGGCUGCCUCUCCGUCAUCCGCCCCGGAGGCGGACAUGAAUGAAUUUCGUCACUUGGCAUUCUACCACGCCGCUCUGGCCAACAUUAUCCGGGCCGGCACCUCAUCAAAAGAGGCGCUCAACAGUGCGUCGACGCCCUCACUCAGUGAAGCGUACUUUGCCGGUGCUGCCAUACUCGUGGGCAAUCCCCUAGACGUAACACGUUGUUGUACAAUUGGCGAUGUUGCUACUCUCUGUCUCAUGUCAGCCUAUCUGAUUGAGAUGAAUAGACGAGAUGCCGCCUAUAUGCAUGUCGCGGCCGCCAUGCACAUUUGUAUCAUGCUAGGCAUCCAUCGAGGGGUCGCUGAUGAAAGGGGGAAGCGAGUGUUUUGGACCGUAUAUAUUCUGGACCGAUGGUUGAGCUGUCUGAUGGGACGGCCACACAUAAUCAUGGACGGUGCCAUCCGGAUCCAGUUGCCUGCCGAUGCUCCGUCGAUGCCGCCCGCUGCGGGACUCAGGGCUCACGUCGAGCUUUCGCGGAUUUCCGGUUAUGUCGUUUGUAACACGUAUCGAAUCGCUCCGUGGGAAGCAGUCAGAGGAGGAAUGCCCACACAGCCCGACAAGGCCAUUUGGAUGUUGCAACAGUGGCAGUUGACUCUUCCACCUCAUCUGCAACUCUCUCCUGACGGGCUCAGCAAUGACCCUGCCUGCUGCCUCCUCCACAUGAGGUACAACAUGCUUCUCAUUCUGGCCAUCCGGCCGCUAUUCCUCGGUGCCGUCAAGAGGUCGAUAGCCAAGCGUCUGAUGGUGCGGACAACCGAGACUAACAUGAUGUACUCGGAGCAUCUGACGCUGUGCAUUACGGCUGCGCGCCGCAACAUUCGUCUUGGACGACAGUUGGCAGCACUCAACCUCAGCCGGAAGUCGCCGCUGCACGCAGAACAGCAUUACUCGUUUAAUGCCACCGUGUGCCUCAUUCUGGAGGACCUGAUAUCCGAUGAAGAAGUGUCGGAGGAGGAAAGAGAGGCAAGAAGCAACGACAUCAUGUUUGGGGUCCAGCUGGAAGAAGACGGCAUCACCAACUUUGGCCAGGCUUCGUCAAACUCUCUGCGGCAUCUCUGGGCCCUAGCACGGAGGUUGAUGGACUCGAUGGUGCAGAAUCAGGAGUUGAACAAUGCCGGGCUAGCUGGGCAGAGAUUUGCCCCGCCGAUGAUGACGACGCCUACGGACUACUCCAUGCCGGUCCUGCAAACCGGCGAAGACCAUGCCCUUUACGACGAGCUGGUGGCCUGGGUGGACGAUGAGUGGCCGCCCAUGCAUAAAUACGCCCCCAUCUCAGGCGGUGUCGAAGUCUCAGACGCAUCCCCCCUCGCAACCGCCUGGCGCGAACUCCAUGAAGAAACCACCCUCACAUCAUCUUCUCUACGGCUCUUCCGACAGGGCAAACCGUAUUCCUUUACGGACCCCUCUGUAGGCCGCAUAUGGACCAUCAAUCCCUUUGCAUUCAUCCUGAAACCCGCUGGCGAAGAGAAAAUCACGAUUGAUUGGGAGCAUGAGGGGUACAAGUGGUUCGAUCCCGAUGAAGUCACUGACGAUGAGUCUUUUCAAGGAGUGCCCCGCCUUAAGGAGAGUUUGAGGAGGGUGUGGUUUGACAUUGAUCUUGGUAAGGACGCUGGCGGUGUUCUGGCAGCUGGACUGAAAACACUUCAAGAGGACCAUGAGAGCGGCGCGAGACAAUUGGCGUCUACAGCACUGGACAUAUAUCUCGACGUGAUUCCCCGAAUCGACACAAGCAAUCGAGACACAUGGUGGAAGAACAUCCAAUUCACAGCAUGGCAUCUAUGGAAAAACGGCCGAGAAAGCAUGGGCGCCCCCAUCCUCAGCGUCGUCCUCUCCAGCCUCUCUCUCAUCGAACAACAUCUCCAAUCCUCCUCCACCCAAAGCUCCCUCUCAAAAGAACUCCUCGACGAAAUCUGCGCUGCAAUCAAAAACCUCGCUCAGCAAAGACACCAAUCAGCAUCCAAAAUCGCAACCGCAUUCUCCUCAUUCCUCGACGAAACUUUCCCCUUCCCACCAACCAAGUCCCUCAAAAUCGUCACUCUGUCAUCCAGCUCGACAAUCACAGCAUCAAUCUCGCUUAUUCUCGAAUCAGCUUCUCGCCCUCUUGACAUACACAUCCUCGAAUCCCGCCCCCUCUUCGAAGGCGUCUCCGCCGCACGCCGCUUCUCCUCCCUCAUCCAAACCAACCACAACAACAGCGAGAACAAAAGCAGCAUCACCAUUCACACAGACGCAAGUUCCGCUCUCGCCUCCAAAGACGCACACGUCCUCCUCCUCGGCGCAGACCUCAUCGACAAAGCCGGCAACGUGAGCAACAAAACCGGUUCGCUCCCCGCCGUGCUCGCCGCCAAACACGUCUCUCCAGACAUCAAAGUCGUCGUGUUAUCAGAAAAGGAAAAAGUGCUGCCGUUUGAUCCGCCGGGCCAUGAGGAAAACGACAGCGAGGAGCUCAUCCGCGGGUGGAAAGGAACACUCGGUCCGGAUGUGGGAUUGCAGGGCGUGAGUGUCACAAAUGUGUAUUUCGAGUGGGUGCCUGCGAGGCUGGUGGACGUGUAUUUGACAGAGGAUGGCGUCGAGGGCACGGAACAUGUUGAAGCGUGGGCGCGGGAGGUGCAGCAAAAGGCUGGCCGGUUCUUUGACCAUCUUUGA